AUGACGAUCUCAGCCAAUGUGCGCAAGGAGUUGUUUGAAAUGACAAACAGCGAGGGCAAACUCAUUCGUAUUAAGCCCACGGAGGCCAAAGCAGGCACGACAGUCUAUUCAUCGAAACAGAACCAGCCUCUUAAAAUGUGGACACAAGAGGAGCACGAGAAAUUCCUUGAAGCCAUGGAGAGGUAUCCGGCAGGACCGUGGAAGGUCAUUGCUGCCUUUAUUGGCACGAAAACUACGAGGCAGACAAUGACGCAUGCGCAAAAGUACCGCCAGAAGAUCAGUCGUUGGCGACGUGGACUGCGUCACAAGGGCCGUAGGCAGGCGGGGGACGACGGCUCCCAACACAGCGAGAUUGACGCGCAGGAAUAUUCGACCAAGGAGAAUCUUGUCAAAGCAAUUGAGUACGUCUCGGGCGAUGAAAUGGGCAAUCGCUUUGGCGAUGACAAUGCGUUCAGAAGCCCCAUACGGUCACUUACAAAUGUCCCUAGACAUGACGCUCCGCGUAGUGAACUCUUCCGAUUGGCGGAGAUUGCAUCCAUCGAGGUCAUGAAACAGGAGCCAACGCUGAUGUCGAUGCCAGUGCCUUUUAUACCAUCGUCUCCACCCGACGUGGAGAUGGUUGAUAUGUCGAGCCCCAUGGUGAUCAAGCAGUGCCCCGAAGAGGCCACGGCUCGUGCCUCCGUGGCAUUUAGUAACAAAAUUUGCAAGAUGGAGUGGGCUAAUGACCAGAGUGCGUUCAUCCAACACAGUCCCGAGUGGUGCAUGCAAAAGACAGAGGUGCGGCUCAGUCCACUGCGGGCCUCUCCCGAUGGAAGCCCUUUCCCGAUUCGCAGGUUUGGCGGUGUGCUUAACGCUAUCACGGAGAUGAGUUACCAGAACGCGCAGAACCGCCUUCCUCUGCCACUCCCAUCCAGUUCCAUGCACGGCAUAGUAUCUCCCAUGCGUAUGGCGGGAGCGGAAGAGCGAAAAAUGCAGCAGCAGCAGUGUGGUGCUGGCACGUUCCGCUUGCCACCGCUUAAUGUCGCGAGUGACCAAGCUUCCAACGUUUACUCCAUUCCUCCACUUCGUUCGAAGAUCGACCCGAGUGUAUUGAGUAGUCGAGCCUAUUACACGUCCACGAACUAA